CUCCCUCCCCCCCCUCCCCCUCUCCCCCCCAUCCCCCUCCCCCCCCCACCUCCCCUCCUCCUCCCCCCCCUCCCCCCCCACUCCUCUCCCUCCCCCCCCCCUCCCCCCCACUCCUCUCCCCCCCCCCCCCCCCCCUCCCCCCCACCCCCCCACCCCUCCCCCCCCCCUCCCCCCCCCCCCUCACCCUCCCCCCCCCCACCCCCCCCACUCCUCUCCCCCCCCCACCCCCCCACCUCCCCCCCCCCUCCUCCCCCCCCCACCCACUCCCCCCCUCCCCCCCCCUCCCCCCCCCCACUCCUCCCCCUCCCCCCCCCCACUCCCCCCCCCCCCCCCCCACCCCCUCCCCCCCCCCCACCCUCCCCUCCCCCCCCCACACCCCCCCCCCCCCCCACCCCACCUCCCCCCCCCCCCCCCCCACCCUCCCCCCCCCCCCCCCCCACACCUCCCCUCCCCCACCCCCCCCCACCCACACCUCCUCCCCCCCCCCCCCCACUCCCACCCCACCCCCCCCCUCCCCCCCCCCACACCUCUCCCACCCCCCCCCCUCCCCCCCCACCCCCCCACCCCCCCCACCCUCCCCCCCCCCCCCCCCACCCUCUCCCACCCCCCCCCCCCCCCCCACCCCUCCCCCCCCCCCCUCCCCCCCCCCACCUCCCCACCCCCCCCCACCCCCCCCCACUCCACUCCCCCACCCCCCCCCCACCACCCCCACCUCCUCUCCCCCCCCCCCCUCCCCCCCCACUCCCUCCCCCCCCCCCCCUCCCCCCCCACUCCUCCCCUCCCACCCCCACCCACCCACCCCCCCCCCCCCACCCACACCCACCCCCCCCACCACUCCCACCCCACCCCUCACCCCCCCCCAGUAUGUUCUCUUCCCCCCCUUGA